AUGGAAGAUCACAACGACCCUUUGGUCCUUACCUUACCAGUAGCAGGGUGCAAUAUCAAAAAGAUCCUCAUUGAUGGAGGCAGUUCAGUUAACGUUUUAUUCUACGAUACAUUCAAGCGAAUGGAGCUUAACGAUGAACAGUUGAUGUCUUCGUAUUAUACCAUCUACGGAUUCAAUGGGGCACCUACAAAGCCGUUGGGAGAGAUUGUUUUGCAAGUGGAUACAGGACCAAUGAAAAUAGAUACUCGAUUCAGUGUAGUAGACGCUUCUUCCCCUUAUAACGCCAUCAUUGGCCGAAGAUGGGUGCACAAGCUCAAAGGAGUAGUAUCGACCUAUCAUCAGUAUCUUAGAUUUCCAACACCCGAAGGGGUAAUGGAGAUAAAGGGAGAUCAGGUCACCACUCGGGAAUACCAAGCUAUGUAA